GUGCAAAACACCAAACUCAAAGCUGCCAUGAAUUCUGUAAAUGCAAGUUUUUCACAGAAUAUCUCCAUUGUUCAUCCUCAAUACUUUUUCAUCAUUGGACUCACAGGUAUAUCGAACAGCACUUAUUACUAUAUAUUCUUAUUUAUCAUUUAUUUUAUAACUGUAGUUGGCAACUCUACAGUUCUUCUCAUUAUAGCUCUUCACCGGAGCCUGCACAGUCCAAAGUACAUUGGUGUGUUUAACUUGGCCUUGGCUGAUAUUGGUGAAACUAAUGCACUGAUUCCUAACAUGAUGAAGAAUUUUCUGUUUGACUCACAGUACAUCUCCUUCAAUGCUUGUUUGGCCAACAUGUUUUUUGUGUUCUUCUUCAGUAGUUUGCAAAGUGUCACUCUUGUUGUUCUGGCAUAUGAUCGCUUCAUUGCAAUUUGCCUGCCAUUAAGAUAUCAUGCAAUUGUGAACAAUACCAGUAUAGUUUUGAUUUUCUCAGCAAUUUGGAUAUUUAAUUCUUCUGUGGUGGCCUUUUUGGUGGCUUCGAUCUCCCGGCUUUCAUUCUGUGAAUCUAACGUGAUACAGAGUUACUUUUGUGAUCAUGGACCUAUGUUUAGGUUGGCAUGUAAUGACAAUAGCAUUAAUAAGAUUAUGGCAUUUCUCAUCUCAGCUUUAUACAUUGUAGUGCCAUUGAUCAUUAUAGUCCUGUCAUAUUUAGGCAUUUUUCUUGCUUUAAUCAAAAUUACAACUUGGCAAGGACGUUUAAAAGCACUAAAGACCUGUGUUUCACACCUGUUGUUAGUAGGGAUUUAUUUCCUCCCCAUAUGCUGUUCAUACAUUGCUGCAUUGUUGGUUUCUCUCUCCCCCAAUGCAAGGGUCAUCAGUACGUCUCUGGCAUAUGCUGUUCCACCAAUGCUGAAUCCCAUAAUUUAUGUUUUAAACACAGCUGAAAUCAAAGACAUAAUCCGGAAAGUGGUUAAAAACCGAUCAGCACCAAUUAGAGAGAACAUUUCAAAAUGACUAAAAUGUCUGUUUAUUUAUUUAAAAUGUAUGCUUGUUUAUUUAUUUUUA